GUCAAGAAUGAACCGUAGAGGAAAACACACGACACGACACGUUAUACUGAGAUCUACCGGUAGGGUCGUGUCUGGCUUUUGUGCCAGUCAAAAGAAAUUGGUAGUCGAUGACGGCGUCAGGUAACAGUGAGAAGUUCUUCCCGUCCUUCUCUGGGACGCGACCGCAUGGAUUGAUUUUGGUAUGCGUUGUAUGGAGCAGGCUUCUUCCAUUACUGUAUGUACUGACAAUGGGACCAUACCGAAGUGAAAUGCUACAUUACGGGGGCAGUAAGUAGCUGAAAAGAGGGUGCAAGAAAAAAAAAUGAAGGGAAAAAAAAAUCAG